AUGCUGGCCGACGGCGUCCCGCCACACGUCACCCGCUCCAGCUGCGCCGCCGGCGGUGCGUGGGCCACCACUUGCCUGCUGCUCAACCCGCUCUUCGUGCUCAAGACAAAGCAGCAGACGCAGCUCGUGCGCGACCGCCGCGACAAGCGCCUCAAGUACACGGGGCUCGUGUCGUCGUUCCGCGUCGUCCUCAGGGAGCAGGGCGUGCGCGGGCUGUACGCGGGCACGGCGGCGGCCAUGGCCGGCUUUCCCGGCGCCAUGAUUCAGAUGCCGCUGUAUGAGUACUUGAAGGGCAGCGGCGACGGGGAGCCCGGGCAUGUGCGUGUGGCGGUGUCGAGUGCCACGAGCGCGUCGUUUGUGGGCGUGAUCAUGUAUCCAGUCGAGGUCGUGCGGUUAAGACUGCAAGCGCAGAAUCCAUCGACCGGGCCGGGGGUUAUGUACGACGGCAUCUUGGACGCGUUUAGGAAGAUUUGGAAGAUGGAGGGCAUACGCGCAUUUCAUCGGGGGAUGGGCACGGGGUUGAUUCGCACUGUGCCUCAGAGCGCUAUCGGGCUGAGCUGUUAUGAGACCGUGCUCGGCGUCGUCGGACGCGUGGCAGAGGUCUGGGAUGUCCAGGCGACGGAAGGGUGAAGGGAGGCCCAACUCUUAUCUUUAUCACACCUAAAACGAGUAACAAACAGCUCUCUGUUGUCUCUUGUGAAAAGGUUGCGGGUGCGGUGCGGUGCAGUUUUAAGUUAUCAUGUGUAUAAAACCGACAAAAAAAAAGUUUUGAUCUCAAA